AUGGAUAUUGAGCCAGUACAGCGUGCGGUACGCUUUACAGACGCCGAAAUAGAAAGAAAUGAAGUACUCGACGACCAGAAAUCACCCAGGAGCGUGAAUGAUUCUACACCCUGGGGAGAGCCCCAAGAUCUAGAAUAUAUCGGCAAAGAAGAGCCAAAUGUUACGAGCUCUCCACUCACAUCCCCAUUCCCACCUUUUCAUGCACCACUAACAAGUGGAAUCUCUCGAUCUCAACGUCCAACUGGACCAGCUCGAACUCCAUCAGGUACUUACGCACCGGCUCGAAGACCCACUCAGCAACCGCCAAAUGUUGCAACUGAGAGACAUCGUUCGGGAUCUUUGCUCAGGGCUGACCCAAGUGCUUCAUACAGGAUACAAGAAAGGGCAUAUGUUCAGCGAUUGAGGCAGGAUCAGCAACUAGAAUAUUUUGAGCCACCCACCUCGAGUGUAAGCUAUGGAUCUGAUUCAGAGGAAGCCUCCCCGGCUGAAGCUUCGAAUGAUCCAUUUGAACAAGAAACUCUUUUGUUCUACGGAAACGAUAAUAUACAGCCUACAGAAGAUGAUCUUAAAAUACCCGAAAACCGAGAGAGACUUGAGUGGCAUGGUAUGCUUGCCUCUGUACUGACAGGUGAUGUAGUCAGGCAGGAAAAAAAACGACUCAUAGGAGCAUCAAACAAGCAGGGAGAGAAUAUUUACAGUGAAAUUUGGCUAGGUCUUAGGGCAAAGACCUGUGGGCGUUUAAUAGUCUCUCAGAAAAGGAUCAUUGAUGAAGCAAGAUCUAAGCUGAGCGCUCAGCUAGAAGAAAUAAUUUCAUUCGAAAUCAAAGGAGAAAGUGAGGUGGGGAAGCCGCCCAUUGUGCAAGUACGAGAAAUCAUAAAAAUGAUUGAAAAAUGUGACUGUCUAUAUCCUUCAAGGGCUGCCCUAGAAAUAGACAAUAAGCUUGCUGCAUCUCCAGCUUUUUAUGCUGCAUGUGAUGCAGUUAUAUCAUGGCAUAACAUUACAGAACUCAUCAAUACGCAACUCGGUAUCUUGAAGAAUUGGGUCGGAAAUAGUGAUUUGGACUUCAAUAGAGCCAAAGAACGGUCGUCUCUAGGGGAUGGACUAUCUGAUGGCUCGUCUUUCAUAGAUCGGCUGCUAAAAGAAGAUGGCCUUCGAUCGCUACAACAAGAUAACUGUAUUUUCAGUGCUGUUUCCAUGGUUAUACUAAAAGCAAAAUCUACGCUCAUUUCAAAUUCUACAGUUUUUGCUAAACGCCAUCUCCCCCCCUACAUUGAAGAGCUCCUAAUCCUCAUCAAUUUCCCUUCUAGACUUAUUGAGGAAAUUAUUAAAGUCAGGCUUCAAUACGCCAAGAAUAUGAAGGAUCCCGCCCAACAAAAUACAAUUAUGCAGGAGCAAAUCAUAUCUCAAUUCCAAAUCUUACUGAAUCUAGCUGUCCGAAUAAAACAAGAAAAUCUAACAAUCUCUCAUCCAGAAGCUGGAUGGGAACUUCCUCCUUGUAUCGACGAUACUUUUGACCAAGUCGUGCUAGACGCCCUAAAAUUUUACUUGAAGAUGCUGAACUGGAAGCUUGGUAGCAACAAAAAUACUUUCAAAGAAGCAGAAGUUCUGGAACAAGAAUGGAAUUUUUCAACUGAAAUUGGUCGACACUUACAAGGGGGUGAUGUCGAGGUCGCUGAACAGUUUAGUUCUCUAACCCACAAAGCUUUUAAUCGACUCUAUACGACUUUCGAAAGAGAUCUUCAAAGAAAGCCUAAAGAAUCUGCCAGUGAUAUGACCAAGCGCUAUAAACAAAGUCUCGACUCAGUUCGUGUACGUCAGCGUAUGUUGCAGCGUUUUUCAAGGGUCCUCAGUGACCGAUUUGAGAAUGCGACAGACUUCAGUAUUUCUUUAAAACAGUCAGAGCUCGAUCAGUUAUAUGAAAAUCUUAUUGAGACAGGGCAUUUUAUGGUCUACACAGCCAGUAUAGAGCACGAUGGAAUAUUUCUGAUUGCUUCACCUUCGCUAUAUAACAGGCAGCGUGAUAUCAAGGCAAUACUUAGAACAGUCAACCAUUCAAACGAAACAAUGGAGGACGUAACAAACUCAUAUGUCUUGAUUCUUCGCCCAGAAACUCAGAUCAUCUGGACAGGGCGAAAAAUUGAAGCUAACAUCCAGGAGCCAGCUAUAGAUCUAAAAGUUGGUCAUCUUCGACUUAUUGCCCAAGGCUCCCAGGCAAAGCUUCGAAAUGCGCGCAAUGUAUUUCUAGACUCGACCGACAUAGAUCUUGAUAUGGUAGUAGAACAGAGAUCUUAUCUAAAGAAAGUCAAUAUGAAGUUGACCGAGAUUAAAAAGGUUGUCUAUAAGUUAUCUAAUCUUAUCAUGGAUAGUGUUGAGAUUGUAAGAAAACAAACCAAAGGAAUGGACUGUCAAGAACUGAUUCAAACUUGUUUCGUCUUUGCAACAGAGUUCGGGCAACGGUCGUUACCCUACAUGGAUCGAAAUCGAAAACAAAUGAACAACCUUAAACUCACAAAAUUGGGACUAGAUUGGGUGAGCUUCAUCUCUGAUGAUUGUAUUGCAACCGAUAGAAAAACAUUCAGAUGGGCAGUCCUGGCAUUAGAAUUUGCGAUGAUAAUGACCCAAGGCCAACAUAUCCUUGCCUUGGGCAAAGAAGAAUUUGCUAGACUUCGGGCAAAGGUUGCAGGGUGCAUGUCAUUACUAAUAUCACAUUUCGACAUUAUGGGGGCUAGGUCUACUCUAGCUGCCCAAGCAGAAAAGCAACGAGUGGAGGCUCUAGCUGGUCAGUUCCGAAAGAUUGACUUGAGCCGAAUGAUGGAUGAUGAAGAAUCAGCCCGAUACGUUGGCGAGCAUAGGCAAAGAUUACUUUUUGAACUUGAUAAUACGAGAAAACAGAAAGAAGCCGAACGACAAGCCUUAGGACGCGUUAUGGAAGAGUCCAGCGAAGCUGAUAGAUCGUUGACGCAUCUUUCUUCGUCGGCAUCUAACGUUAAUAUGCGCUGGCAACAAGGCAGUUUUGUCGGUGGAGGUACAUUUGGAUCUGUAUAUUCAGCUAUUAACUUGGAUUCAGGCCAGCUAAUGGCUGUCAAGGAGAUUCGUCUCCAAGAUCCUUCAUUGAUCCCCGUCAUUGCUGGUCAGAUCAGAGAUGAGAUGAAUGUACUAGAGGUUUUAGAUCAUCCGAAUGUAGUUUCUUAUCACGGAAUUGAAGUUCAUCGAGACAGAGUUUAUAUAUUUAUGGAAUUCUGUUCUGGUGGAUCUUUGGCAGGACUCCUGGAACACGGGCGUAUAGAGGAUGAACAAGUUAUCAUGGUCUAUGCGCUACAAUUACUAGAAGGUCUUGCAUACCUUCACGAAAGCGGUAUUGUCCACCGCGAUAUCAAACCCGAGAAUAUUCUUUUGAAUCAUCAUGGAAUCAUCAAGUAUGUUGAUUUUGGUGCUGCUAAAGUUAUAGCCCGGCGUGGUAAAACCCUCGUUGCUAUCAAUUCAACAGGAAUGAAAGCAGAUAAGUCCAUGACAGGUACACCAAUGUACAUGUCGCCUGAGGUCAUAAAGGGCGAGGCUCCUGGUAGGGCAGGGGCCGUCGAUAUUUGGUCACUUGGAUGUGUAGUUCUUGAAAUGACUACUGGACGUCGACCAUGGGCAGUACUUGAUAAUGAGUGGGCUAUAAUGUAUAAUAUUGCUCAAGGAAACCCCCCUCAACUGCCGGCGCCUGAUCAGCUCAGCCCUGAGGGAAUUAAUUUUCUGAAGAAAUGUUUCAUUAGAGAUUCUAGGAAACGUGCUUCUGCAUCUGAACUACUUCAGCACGAGUGGAUCAUCAAUGUGAAGUCACAGCUUUCUAUCGGACCAGGAACACCAAGUGAAUUGGGAUCAGUAACCUUAAGUCAGUCACGAAGUAGUGUUGGAUCGGGAUAG